UAUCCCCUGUUUUCUAUCUUCUUGCACAACAAAGUUCCAAUCUUUCUUGCAAAGAUUCAAUCUUUUUUACAAAACACAUAUCCCCUGUUUUUCUAUCUUCUUGUAUAGCAAAGUUGCAAUCUUUGUUGUAAAGAUUCAAUCUUUUUUACAAAAUGGAUGUUACCCUUGGUUUAUUACCUGAUUCUCCGGCCGGUGAUGACGGUGGUGGAGUGCCGUCCGGUGGGUCAACCACCGUUAAGUCAAUCUUGACUAAAGAAGAUAACAACAAGAACAAUAUGGUUAUGUGUUCUGAGGUUAGUUCAUCAUACCCUGUUGGUGAUCAGAAUUUGGGUGAUCUUGAAUUGGGACUUGGGUUGAGUAUUGGUGGUGGUGGUGGUGGUGGUUUGAAGGGUAAGGUGGUGGCUGGUGGUGGUGGUUGGAGUCAGUAUGCAAGAAUCUUGACAGCAAAAGAUUUUAAACAGAAUUCUUGUUCUUCUUCUUCUUGUUCUGUUAGUAUACCUAAUUCAGCUACUGAUUCUGUUUCUCCUACUAAUGGUAACAGUGUUGUUGGAUGGCCUCCUGUAAGUAAAGCUCACAGGAUGCCUAGUUUAGCUAAUGAAAACAAAUCACCAACCGGAAAUCGUAUCUCAGUAACCGAACAAACCAAAAGCAAGAACAGGACGGUUGUAAUCAACGAUUAUUCUAACGAAAAAGCCAGGAUUUCCGAUAAGAAAUACCGGUCGGUGAAAGUUAACAUGGAUGGAAGUUUGAUUGGAAGAAAAGUUGAUCUCAAUGCUCACACAUCCUAUGAGAUGUUGGCUCAAACCUUAGAAGAAAUGUUCUUCCGAAGACGGUCAAGUACAGAAGCUGCAAAAUCUUCAAGAUUAUUGGAUGGAACAUCUGAAUUUGUGCUCACUUAUGAAGAUAAAGAUGGAGAUUGUAUGCUUGUUGGAGAUGUUCCUUGGCAGAUGUUUCUUAGCUCGGUCAAGAGGCUUAGGAUCAUGAAAAAUUCCGAGUCUAAUGAGCUUGCACCAAGAUUCCAAGAAAGCCACGAGAGACGCAGAACGGAUGUUGUCUAAAGAUUAUACAUGUAAACAUUUGUUUUCUUAUUAGAUGAACUCGAGCCAAGUUCUUGCUGGUUAUAGGGUAAAAAAGAGAGAGUAACAGUUUUAUCGACGCGUUUGGUUUUGCGGGUUGUUUUUAAGUCCUACACUUUUCAUCACACCAGGGUUUCGGGUGGGGCCCGGUUACAUAUGGAAGCUUGUAUAAGCAAGCAUCUAGUUUUUGGUAGAAGCAUAUUAUUAAGCAUACAUAAUGCACACAUCACUGAUAAACUGAGUUCUAUGAUACUGUAAUUAUGGAAUUUUAUAUGAAUGAAUUUAGUGUUUUUUUGAGAUU